AUGUGAUAGAGAGAAACACCAGACAAGACACAGAGACAGCAACAGACGACACAGAGAAAGUGAUGGAGAGAGACAGAAGAAUAGAGUUCCAGACAGUUGUAGAAUGUAUGCCAAGACACAUUGUAAGAGCUGUUAAGAGAGAGGGAGGGAGAGAGAACAGGCAGAACCUGAUAUGUAAAUGAGCAGAGCAAAUGAAACUCACUUUUGACGACCUGAUGAUCAACCAGACUGUGUUUCUAUUGAGAGAUAAAAGGCUGGUUGAAUGAGUUGCCUAUGAAAGCUACUUCAUCUGUAAGAAAACAGGCGUCUGCACCAGUGACUGGGUCAGUGCUCUAAAAUGAGUCUCUCUGGGGAGAGAGAGGAGGGGGGCCCUGUCUCUAAAAUGAGUCUCUCUGGGGAGAGAGAGGAGGGGGGCCCUGCCUCUAAAAUGAGUCUCUCUGGGGAGAGAAAGAAGGGGGGCCCUGCCUCUAAAAUGAGUCUCUCUGGGGAGAGAGAGGAGGGGGGCCCUGCCUCUAAAAUGAGUCUCUCUGGGGAACAUGACACCAAAGCUAAGAGCCCAAUCAAGCAGGAGAGACCAGCCUCCCCUGUUCCCAGCUGUGUGUCCAUGAAGAGUGACUGGUCUAUGGAUCGUCCUAUAGUGUUUAGAGAGGGAGACUUUUCUACUGAACAAAGACCAAUCAAGCAGGAGAGACCAGCCUCCCCUGUUCCCAGCUGUGUGUCCAUGAAGAGUGACUGGUCUAUGGAUCGUCCUCUAACCUUUAGAGAGGGAGACUUUUCUACUGAACAAAGAAACCAACAGGAGAGAUCAGAGUCAGAGAUUCUCAGUGGUCAGUCUUCCCAGAGUCAUCAAACAGACCUGGCCUCCAUAUUCAGUAUGCUUGAAGAGAAAAUUAUGACAUUUGUGAAGAACGAGCUGAAGAUGUUCAAGAGGAUUCUUAGUCCAGAACUCCCAGAAGGCUUUGAGAGUCUGAAGCAGGAAGUGGUGGACCCUGAAGAUGAGCAGCAGGAGAGCAGUGCCAGAGAGGGGGCUCUGAAGAUCACACUGCACAUCCUGAGGAAAAUGAACCAGAAGGAGCUUGCUGACACACUGGAGAAAUGUAAGAUCUAUGAGCUUGCUGUGAUUUGCCAACGUGAACUCAAAUCUAAUCUAAAGAAGAAGUUUCAAUGUGUAUUUGAGGGGAUCGCUAAACAAGGAAACCCAACACUUCUCAAUAAGAUCUACACAGAGCUCUACAUCACAGAGGGUGGAACAGGAGAGGUCAAUAAUGAACAUGAGCUGAGACAGAUUGAGACAACAACCAGGAAACAAGCAAGACCAGAGACUGCAAUCAAAUGUAACGACAUCUUCAAACCCUUAACUGGACAAGACAAACUUAUCAGAACUGUGCUGACAAAGGGAGUCGCUGGCAUUGGAAAAACAGUCUCUGUGCAGAAGUUCAUUCUGGACUGGGCUGAAGGAAAUGCAAAUCAGGAUGUCCAAUUUGUGUUUUCAUUCCCUUUCCGGGAGCUGAAUUUGAUGAAAGGGGACAAACACACUUUCAUUAAACUUCUCAAUCACUUCUCAAUGGAAACCGAACAAUCAAGAAUCUCCAACUACGACAAGUACAAAGUUCUGUUAAUCUUUGAUGGUCUGGAUGAGUGCCGACUGCCCCUAGACUUCCAGAAGAACAAGAUCUGUUGGGACGUCACAGAGUCAACCUCAGUGGAUGUUCUGCUGACAAAUCUCAUCAAGGGAAAUCUGCUUCCCUCUGCUCUCCUCUGGAUAACUACCAGACCUGCAGCAGCCAAUAAGAUCCCUUCAAGGUGUGUUGACCAGGUAACAGAGGUACGAGGGUUCAAUGACACGCAGAAGGAGGAGUACUUCAGGAAGAGAUUCAGUGAUGAGGACAUGGCCAGCAGAAUCAUCUCACACAUAAAGACAUCAAGGAGCCUCCACAUCAUGUGCCACAUUCCAGUCUUCUGUUGGAUUUCUGCAACAGUCCUUGAACACAUGCUGGAACAUAAGAGAGAAGAGAUGCCCAAGACUCUGACUGAGAUGUACACACACCUUGUGGUGUUUCAUAUCAAACAGAAGAAUGAAAAGUAUCUUGGGAAAGAAGAGACAGGUCCACACUGGAAUAAAGAGAGCAUUCUGUCACUGGGAAAACUGGCUUUUCAACAGCUUGUGAAUGGCAAUCUGAUUUUCUAUGAAGAAGACCUGAAAGAGGCUGGCAUUGAUGUCAAUGAAGCCUCAGUGUACUCAGGAUUGUGCACACAGCUCUUUAAAGAGGAAUGUGGGCUGUACCAGGACAAGGUGUACUGCUUUGUUCAUCUGAGCAUUCAGGAGUUUCUGGCUGCUGUAUAUGUGUUCCUCUCAUUCAUCAACAACAAUGAGAAUCUAAUGGACAAACUGCAAACAAAAGACAAGUCUGUAGUUACUGUCUACAAGAGUGCUGUGGAUAAAGCCUUACAAAGUCAGACGGGAAACCUAGACCUUUUCCUCCGCUUCCUUCUGGGCCUCUCACUGGAGUCCAAUCAGAAGCACUUACAAGGUCUACUGACAAAGACAAGAAGCAGCUCACAGAGCCAUGAAGAAAUAGUCAAGUACAUCAAGGAGAAGAUCAGGGAGAAUCCCUCUCCAGAGAGGAGCAUCAAUUUGUUCCACUGUCUGAAUGAACUGAAAGACCAUUCUCUAGUGGAGGAGAUCCAAAGCUUCCUGAGAUCAGGAAGUCUCUCAGAAGAAGAACUGUCACCUGCACAGUGGUCAGCUCUGGUCUUUGUGUUGCUGACUUCAGAAAAGGAGCUGGAUGUGUUUGACCUGAAGAAAUACUCCAGAUCAGAGGAAGGUCUUCUGAGGCUGCUGCCAGUGGUCAAAGCCUCCAGAGCUGUUCUGCUGUCAGGAUGUGGAGUCACAGAGGAAGGCUGUGCUUCUCUGGUCUCAGCUCUGGAGUCAAACCCCUCACACCUGAGAGAGCUGGACCUGAGUAACAAUGACCUGAAGGAUUCAGGAGUGGAGCUGCUCUCUGAUGGACUGGACAAUCCCCACUGUAAACUGGAGACUCUGAGGCUAUCAGGCUGUCUAGUCACAGAGGAAGGCUGUGCUUCUCUGGUCUCAGCUCUGGAGUCAAACCCCUCACACCUGAGAGAGCUGGACCUGAGUAACAAUGACCUGAAGGAUUCAGGAGUGAAGCUGCUCUCUGCUGGACUGGGGAAUCCCCACUGUAAACUGGAGACUCUGAGGCUGUCAGGCUGUCUAGUCACAGAGGAAGGCUGUGCUUCUCUGGUCUCAGCUCUGAGGUCAAACCCCUCACACCUGAGAGAGCUGGAUCUGAGGAACAAUGACCUGAAGGAUUCAGGAGUGAAGCUGCUCUCUGCUGUACUGGGGAAUCCCCACUGUAAACUGGAGACUCUGAGGCUGUCAGGCUGUCUGGUCACAGAGGAAGGCUGUGCUUCUCUGGUCUCUGCUCUGAGGUCAAACCCCUCACACCUGAGAGAGCUGGACCUAAGCUACAAUCACCCAGGAGAAGGUGUCAGACUGCUCUCUGCUGGACUGGAGGAUCCACACUGCAGACUGGAGAAACUCAAUGUGGAACAUGGUGGAGAGAACACAAUGAAACCUGGACUUAGAAAAUAUGUCUGUGAUCUCACACUGGACCCAAACACAGUAGACAGAUGCCUCUCUCUGUCUGAGGAGAACAGAAAGGUGACAUGUAGGACAGAGGAGCAGCCGUAUCCUGAUCACCCAGAGAGAUUUGAGGACUGUGGACAGGUGCUGUGUAGAGAGGGUCUGACUGGGCGCUGUUACUGGGAGGUAGAGUGGAGUGGGAGAGGGGCUGAUAUAGGAGUGACAUAUAAAGGAAUCAGCAGGAGAGGAAGGGGUGAUGACUGUUGUCUUGGAUGGAAUGACAAGUCCUGGAGUCUGUUCUGCUCUCACAACAGUUACAUUGCCUGGCACAAUGAGAAUCCCACGACCAUAGUCGUCCCCUCCUCCAGCUCCCACAGAGUAGGAGUGUAUCUGGACUGGCCAGCCGGCACUCUGUCCUUCUAUAGAGCCUCCUCUGACACGUUGACCCACCUGUACACAUUCACCUCCACAUUCACUGAGCCCCUCUAUCCAGGGUUUAGGGUUCAUGAUGAUUCCUCAGUGACUCUGUAAAUAAUAACCUGAAACACAUACACACACACUCACACACUGGACACACAAACACACACACACACACUGGACACACACACACACACACACACACACACUGGACACACACACACACUCACACAUUGGACACACAAACAUACAGGACACACACACACAAACACACAGGACAAAUACACACACGCUGGACACAGACUCAGACUGACACAUACACACACAUACAUAUUGGCACACACACACUGGACACACACACACAGGACACACACACUCACAUACACAAUCACACAGCGGACACACACAAUCAAACAGAGGACACACACUCACUGACACACACGCUGGACACUCACACACACAGGGCACACACAGAGGGCACACACUGACACACACACACAUUCACACGUAGAGGACACACACACACAGUGGACACACACUAGACACACACACACACACACACACGGAGGAUGCACACACUGAGACACACACACACAGGACAAACACACACAUACUGUUGGGUUUAUUUUUUUGUUCAGCAUAAGCUACGGACAACGAACACAAGUACAUUUUAAUCGAUGGCAAUUUGAACGUGAUGAGAUCCCAUUGUGGUGCCAUUCAUCCACAGCCAUCAUCUCAUGUUUUAGCAUGAUAAUGCACAGAGAUACCGUGAUAAGAUCCCAUUGUCGUGCCAUUCAUCCACCGCCAUCAUCUCAUGUUUCAGCAUGAUAAUGCACAGAGAUACCGUGAUAAGAUCCCAUUGUGGUGCCAUUCAUCCACCGCCAUCACCUCAUGUUUCAGCAUGAUAAUGCACAGAGAUACCGUAAUAAGAUCCCAUUGUCGUGCCAUUCAUCUGCUGCCAUCACCUCAUGUUUCAGCAUGAUAAUGCACAGAGAUACCGUGAUGAGAUCCCAUUGUCGUGCCAUUCAUCUGCUGCCAUCAGCUCAUGUUUCAGCAUGAUAAUGCACAGAUAUACCGUGAUGAGAUCCCACUGUCGUGCCAUUCAUCUGCUGCCAUCACCUCAUGUUUCAGCAUGAUAAUGCACGGCCCGAUGUGGCAAGCAUUUGUACACAAUUUCUGGGAGCUGAAAAAACACAGUUCUUCCAUGGCCUGACUACUCACUAGACAUGUCACCCAUUGAGCAUGUUUGUGAUGCUCUGGAUAGACAUGUUACCUAUUGAGCAUGUUUGGGAUGCUCUGGAUAGACAUGUCACCUAUUGAGCAUGUUUGGGAUGCUCUGGAUAGACAUGUCACCUAUUGAGCAUGUUUGGGAUGCUCUGGAUAGACAUGUCACCUAUUGAGCAUGUUUGGGAUGCUCUGGAUAGACAUGUCACCCAUUGAGCAUGUUUGGGAUGCUCUGGAUAGACAUGUCACACAUUGAGCAUGUUUGGGAUGCUCUGGAUAGACAUGUCACCCAUUGAGCAUGUUUGGGAUGCUCUGGAUAGACAUGUCACCUAUUGAUUAUGUUUGGGAUGCUCUGGAUAGACAUGUCACCUAUUGAGCAUGUUUGGGAUGCUCUGGAUAGACAUGUCACCCAUUGAGCAUGUUUGGGAUGCUCUGGAUAGACAUGUCACACAUUGAGCAUGUUUGGGAUGCUCUGGAUAGACAUGUCACCCAUUGAGCAUGUUUGGGAUGCUCUGGAUAGACAUGUCACCUAUUGAUUAUGUUUGGGAUGCUCUGGAUAGACAUGUCACCUAUUGAGCAUGUUUGGGAUGCUCUGGAUAGAUGUGUACGACAGCGUGUUCCAAUUCCCGCCAAUAUCCAGCAACUUUGAACAGCCAUUGAAAAGGACUGGGUCAACAUUCCACAGGCCACAAUUAACAGCCUGAUCAACUCAAGGUGAAGGAGAUGUGUCGCGCUGCAUGAGGCAAAUGGUGGUCACAACAGAUACUGACUGGUUUUCUGAUCCACACUCCUACUGUUUUAUUUUAAGGUGUCUGAUAAUCAUAUUCAUAUCUGUAUUCCCAGUCAUGUGAAAUCCAUAGACUAGGGCCUAAUGAAUUUAGUAUUUCAACUGACUGAUGUCCUUAUGUGAACUGAAACUCACUAAAAUGCUUGAAAUUGUUGAAUGUUGGGUUUAUUUUAUUGUUCAGUUUAAUAAAAAGAUCAGUAUUCAAUGUUUUAUGUUUGUCAUUCCUUCCUUUCACUAAAUGGUAGUAACACUAAGUCAUUCCAUCCUUUCACUAAAUGGUAGUAACACUAAGUCAUUCCAUCCUUUCACUAAAUGGUAGUAACACUAAGUCAUUCCAUCCUUUCACUAAAUGGUAGUAACACUAAGUCAUUCCAUCCUUUCACUAAAUGGUAGUAACACUCUGAAGUCCUUCCAUCCUUUCACUAAAUGGUAGUAACACUCUGAAGUCAUUCCUUCCUUUCACUAAAUGGUAGUAACACUAAGUCAUUCCAUCCUUUCACUAAAUGGUAGUAACACUAAGUCAUUCCAUCCUUUCACUAAAUGGUAGUAACACUAAGUCAUUCCAUCCUUUCACUAAAUGGUAGUAACACUAAGUCAUUCCAUCCUUUCACUAAAUGGUAGUAACACUCUGAAGUCAUUCCUUCCUUUCACUAAAUGGUAGUAACACUAAGUCAUUCCAUCCUUUCACUAAAUGGUAGUAACACUAAGUCAUUCCUUCCUUUCACUAAAUGGUAGUAACACUAAGUCAUUCCAUCCUUUCACUAAAUGGUAGUAACACUAAGUCAUUCCAUCCUUUCACUAAAUGGUAGUAACACUAAGUCAUUCCAUCCUUUCACUAAAUUGUAGUAACACUAAGUCAUUCCAUCCUUUCACUAAAUGGUAGUAACACUAAGUCAUUCCAUCCUUUCACUAAAUGGUAGUAACACAAAGUCAUUCCAUCCUUUCACUAAAUGGUAGUAACACUAAGUCAUUCCUUCCUUUCACUAAAUGGUAGUAACACAAAGUCAUUCCAUCCUUUCACUAAAUGGUAGUAACACUAAGUCAUUCCAUCCUUUCACUAAAUGGUAGUAACACUAAGUCAUUCCAUCCUUUCACUAAAUGGUAGUAACACAAAGUCAUUCCAUCCUUUCACUAAAUGGUAGUAACACUAAGUCAUUCCAUCCUUUCACUAAAUGGUAGUAACACUCUGAAGUCAUUCCUUCCUUUCACUAAAUGGUAGUAACACUAAGUCAUUCCAUCCUUUCACUAAAUGGUAGUAACACUAAGUCAUUCCAUCCUUUCACUAAAUGGUAGUAACACAAAGUCAUUCCAUCCUUUCACUAAAUGGUAGUAACACUAAGUCAUUCCAUCCUUUCACUAAAUGGUAGUAACACUCUGAAGUCAUUCCUUCUUUUCACUAAAUGGUAGUAACACUAAGUCAUUCCAUCCUUUCACUAAAUGGUAGUAACACUCUGAAGUCAUUCCUUCCUUUCACUAAAUGGUAGUAACACUAAGUCAUUCCAUCCUUUCACUAAAUGGUAGUAACACUAAGUCAUUCCUUCCUUUCACUAAAUGGUAGUAACACUAAGUCAUUCCAUCCUUUCACUAAAUGGUAGUAACACUAAGUCAUUCCAUCCUUUCACUAAAUGGUAGUAACACUAAGUCAUUCCAUCCUUUCACUAAAUUGUAGUAACACUAAGUCAUUCCAUCCUUUCACUAAAUGGUAGUAACACUAAGUCAUUCCAUCCUUUCACUAAAUGGUAGUAACACUAAGUCAUUCCAUCCUUCCACUAAAUGGUAGUAACACUAAGUCAUUCCAUCCUUUCACUAAAUGGUAGUAACACUCUGAAGUCAUUCCAUCCUUUCACUAAAUGGUAGUAACACUAAGUCAUUCCAUCCUUUCACUAAAUGGUAGUAACACUAAGUCAUUCCAUCCUUUCACUAAAUGGUAGUAACACUAAGUCAUUCCAUCCUUUCACUAAAUGGUAGUAACACUCUGAAGUCAUUCCUUCCUUUCACUAAAUGGUAGUAACACCAAGUCAUUCCAUCCUUUCACUAAAUGGUAGUACCACUAAGUCAUUCCAUCCUUUCACUAAAUGGUAGUAACACUAAGUCAUUCCAUCCUUUCACUAAAUGGUAGUAACACUAAGUCAUUCCAUCCUUUCACUAAAUGGUAGUAACACUAAGUCAUUCCAUCCUUUCACUAAAGCUCUAAACUAAUGUUUUAUUGACAGAUGUUAAAUGUUCUGGAUUUUGAUGAUUAAAUCCCAUAUAGCCUACUGGCCAGGACUUUGAUAUGGCAUCUUCUGAUUGGGUGUCUCAGGUCAGGACUUUGUUAUGGCAUCUUCUGAUUGGGUGUCUCAGGUCAGGACUUUGUUAUGGCAUCUUCUGAUUGGGUGUCUCAGGUCAGGUCUGAGCCAUGAUCAGAAUGUGUCUCUGUCUAUUUCCAGCCCUGCCAUUUCUACCUGUCCUGAUCUAGUGUUUGACCCCUGACCUCCUCACACCGUCUCACUGUCCAUGUCUGCUUUUAGCUCCCACCUCUACUUCACUGUGUUAUAAUGGACCUUAUGCUUGUUAUGUCACCUCUGUAACCAGGUAUCAAACAUACUGACCUUUCUGACCCUGUCCCAUGGCCCUACUUCACUGUGUUAUAAUGGACCUUAUGCUUGUUAUGUCACCUCUGUAACCAGGUACCAAACAUACUGACCUUUCUGACCCUGUCCCAUGGCCCUACUUCACUGUGUUAUAAUGGACCUUAUGCUUGUUAUGUCACCUCUGUAACCAGGUAUCAAACAUACUGACCUUUCUGACCCUGUCCCAUGGUUCUACUUUCUAUAACUGAACAUUUAAAGUCCUCUGAGUUUUGUUUACUGUCCAUUUACUUAUGUAUGAUGUAUUUGUUGUGUAUUGGGGUUGUGCCGCAGAGCAUCAUGGGGGUUUGUAUGUGUUGAGAUGAUCACGUUCCAGAUAAAUGGUUGAACUGA